GGUGCUUGGAGAUGGUUUAAAAAGCCAAAGCCAGAAGCACAUCCUCACAGUUCUUACGUCUAUUUCACAGUAAAGUUGGACACCAUGAAGCUCCAGACAUUCAUCCUUUCAGCUGUUCUUCUCUGCAUUUGCUCUGCAGCUCCAAUCAUCCGCCAGCAGCUUGGAAUAAUCGCCAGUAACAGCAAUGAGAUUCUGCGUCUCCCAGGACUCACACUCGCUAGUGUCGGGUUGGGACAGACACAGAUUCAGGGCUCUCAGUUUCUCUCUCCAUUCCUGGUCCAGCCCCAGCCGGAUCUCCAGCUGUUCCCCCAGGUGGUCAACUUCGGUCCUCAGGUUCCAGGAGCGUUCCUGCCACCACAACAGAACCUACCCUCAUUCCUAUUGCCCCCCAUUCAGCAAGAGCAGCCCAUAGGGCCAAUCAACCCCAAUAACCCCCUCCCCAACAACCAGGACCCCGCCCAGGUGAUUCCUCAGUAUUUCCCAUUCCCCCAGCUACCAGGAGGACAGGGUUUCCCCUUCUAUAUAAAUUAUGGCUUCCCAUCAAGAAACACAAUACCUAAAUUUCUGCCCAAUCAGAACACAGUAAAUCAAAAUGCGGCCAAUCAGAAUCCACCUGGGGCCACUAAAGUCCCUCAGCCUGCACAGAACAACGGGAAGAUGUCCGAGCCAGUGCGUAUGACUCCGCCCCCUGAUAACCGUGGAGAUCUUCCAGGACGACAGCUGGAUCCAGCGUUUUUCCAGCCGUAGGUCAGAAGAGAAUCAUAUUUCUGAGAAGCAUCCAGAGAGCUGAAACCUGUCGCACCUACAGUAUGUCCAACAUGACCAUGAAUCCAGCGAUGUAACUCUUUGUGUAACAGUUAUAACAACUUUUAGUUUUCCACUUCACCUGUA